CCGCUGCCAGCGAUUCUCACCGAGCCCUGCGCAGCGCCUGCUGCUGCCCGCUCCUCGGAGCGGUGCCUUAUCCGCGCCGACGCCGCAGCGCUCCCGUACGGGACGGUCACCCCGCUUGGCCGCCGCCCGCGGGCACUACGCGGCCCGCCCAGGAGCGGCGGCGGGAGGCGAAGUCCGGGCGGGCCGCGCGAUUCCGCUCCCGGAAAAACUACAGUACCCGGCGGGCCGCGGGGGAGGCGCAGGGCUGUCCCCGCCCGGCGUCUGCGGAAACCGGAGCUGCGGCGGCCGGGGAAGCGCGGGGCGAGGAGAGCCGUAGGAAGGCCUCGGUUCGCCUCGCUCGGGAAUCGAGGAGCAAGGGGCCGUUCGGGCCUUUUCCCGCUUCGCUUCACCUCUCGCCGGGCAAGGGCGGGGGUUUUAGAUAAACCCGCCGCGGGCCUGGGCCUGCAAAGCUGCACGCCCUGCCGAGAGCGAGCCUGGAGCGGGGGAGAAAGGCGAUCCCGCCCCGCGGGCCGAGAAAAUGCCCGCAGGCGGCCGCCGGCGGGGGCAGGGCCGCCCUCCGGGCGUGCGGGGUGCACAACGUGUGCCGCCUCCUCAGCCGUAGGGCCCACGGCUUCUACGCCAGAGAUGCCGGUGUGGCCCACAGGAAGAACCUGGGACUCCUGAGAAGGAUCAUGUGUCAGGAAAGUACUAAAUUCAAGAAUGUUUGGACAACUCAUUCUGCAUCUCCUAUUGCAUAUGAAAGAGGAAGAAUUUACAUGGACAAUUACCAAUGCUGUAUUACCAGCAUUGCGCAACAGCCAAGACUAAUUUAUCAAAAGUCAAAGUGUGCCAAGUCUGAAAAAAUAGAAGAUGCUUUAUUAUUGGAAUGCCCAUUGGGGGAAAUGCUACCAAGUCCGUCAGAUUAUAAAGCUUCCCUGAUAGUCCUGACAGUGCAGAACUGGCUUCUACGUCUCUCUGCUGAUAGUGGAGAAGUACUGGAAAAAGUGUAUCUUGCUGGUUCCUGUUGCAAAUUCUUCAGGUAUCUGAGCUGGGAUACUCCUCAAGAGGUAAUGAUUGUAAAGUCAGCUCAGAAUAAGCUCCCUGCAGCAGCACGGCAGGCAGGAAUCCAACAGACUGUAUUGUUUUAUCUUGCUGUAUUCCAAGUUUUGCCUCUUUCAUUCAUUGGAAUGCUGGAAAUAAACAAAAAGAUUUUUGGUAAUAGUGUGACAGAUGUUGCUGUUUCUAAUGGAAUCCUGAUUGUAAUGUAUAGCAUGGGUCUGGUCAGACUCUAUAACUUCAAGGCCAUUUUGGAACAGUUCAUGGAACAACCAUUUGAUUUGGGACAAGAAUUCAACUGGAAUGGUCAGGUGGGAGUUGUAGGAAAGUUUCCAUUUGGUCUUCCAUGUAACAUUAAAAUAACAGAUACCCCACCUUUGCUAUUUGAAGCAUCUUCUCUGGAGAAUGCAUUUCAAAUUGGAGGUUACCCUUGGCAUUAUAUCAUCACACCGAACAAGAAAAAACAUAAAGGAGUCUUCCAUAUUUGUUCUCUAAAAGACAAUGCUUUGGCAAAAAAUGGCAUACAGGAUAUGAAAUGCUGUUCACUUGAACCUGACUGGAUAUAUUUCCAUCCAGAUAUGUCAGGCAGAAUAAUCCACGUGGGACCAAAUUUGAUAAAAGUCUUAAAGCUUAAGGAAGUUAAAAAUCAUGCAGAUCAAAUGGAGAUUGCAGAAGAUUUUACAAUUGUAGCCAACAGAGAAAACUGUGUGAACAACAAUGUUACUGUAACAGCUUCUGGUCGGGUGGUGAAGAAGCGUUUCACCUUGCUGGAUGAUGACCCAGAACAAGAGUUUGUUUUUCCUAAGACGUUCAAAAUUGUGGACUAUGAAGAUGAAUUGGAUUUACUAUCCACUGUGGCAGUUACUCAGAUAGGAGCUGAUGGAAGAGCUCACCUUGACUUUCAUUGCAAUGAACAUGGGAUUCUGCUUAAGAGUAUUCCAUUAAAGGAGUCCUGGGAUGUGACUUACAGUCAUGAAGUUUACUUUGACAAAGACCUCGUAUUGCAUAUAGAACAGAAGCCUAAUAGGAGAUUCAGUUGUUAUGUUUACCAAAUGGUAUGUGAUACUGCAAGAGAUGAUGAUCCUUAAUGCUUUACAAAAAAACAGGAAGUGUUUAGUAAAAAAAGGAGGGAGAACUUUUGUAUAUAUUUAAGCCAUAAACACCAGCUACAGAGAAUUUUGGAUGCUAUUUAAGGAUACUGCAAGAGAUCAUGAUUCUUAAUGCUAUAAAAUAAAUCAGAAAGUGUUUUUGUAAAAAAAGGAGGGAGAACUUUUGUAUAUAUUUAAGCCAUAAACACCAGCUACAGAGGAUUUUGGAUGCUAUUUAAGGACUCCAUACAUAGUAGUCAGCUACUGGUUUUCUGGCUGAAUUUAAUCUUAACAUUUUGUACUACUAGAUAAGGUCUUGUUUCUUUUUUUCUUUGUGACACUGUACACUUGCCUGUAGUUUAUCAUUGCUUUUCAUGUAUUCACCAGCUCAUCAUUAAUGCUAGAUGCAGCAUUUAUUGCUUCUCUUCAGUGAUAGGAUUGAAAUACUGGACAUCAAGGAGAAAGAUGUGGACUUACUUAUUACCUACCAUCUGCUAUGAUCUGUCUUACAUAGUUUUACCUAUGCAACUCUGAUGAUGCCUUAAGAGGCUACCUAAAACAGAGGCUAUACAGUGUUAAAGGAAUAAAGUAGGUAUUUAUAGGAAGGCCUUCAAAGGAUACACCUUGGGCAGUACAAGAGCCUGGCUGUGGCUCCACCCAAGACGGAUGACAGGUCACAUGCUUUCACACUUUUCUAAGUUUUGGUCCAUUUACAUGCUGGGGUUAAUUGUCCAAUUACAGCUUCAGGUUUUGAAGUCCCAUGCUGUCAGAUUGCUCUCCUCAGUUCACUGUUGUUUAUGCUUUUUGGGCCUGAAGCUGCAAUGGUGUCCUUGGUUCUCGGGCUGGAAAAGGAUUGCUUUGUCUAAUGAAACUGUGAAGAGAACUUGCUAACAAUUUAUAUGAAGUUCAGAGUUAUAUAGUAAUGCAGUACAGAAUCUGGAAAAUAUGAAAGGUAAAGCUUAAGGCAUCUCUAAUACAAACUGUUAAUUAAUCAAAGUAUGUAAAACUAUCUAGGAUAAAUUUUGUAUGUAGUAUGAAAAUUGUAGUGUUACCAUUAAACCACUUAGACAAAAUCCUUCUCUUGGUUUUGUGUGAGAAAUAAAAUCACUCAGGUUUUCUGGUUGUGUAUGUUUUGGUUUAAAGAGAAAUAUUAAGAAAUUACGUAUUUUACUG